AUGCCUUCGUUGCGAGGGCUUGCAGAGAUGUGGGAGCAGGUGUCCUCCGUCCGGGCACGUGUUCGCCAGGUCGGGUCUGUUUUCGAGCGGCCCGAUGGACUCCCGCAUGCCAAUGUGAAGCAGUGUGGGAAGUUCAAGGAUGUGCUUGAGCCGUUGCUCAAAGCCAUCUUGACGUGGCCAAGAAAUUCUGCUGGCAAGAUCCAGAUGUGCAGUGUCUUCCAAACUGAGACUGAGCUUGCCAAGCUGUACCGGCUUCUCAAAGUGCAAACUGAUGCGAAGCAAGUGAAGGCAGAAGCUUGGCUCUGCAAAAAGUUUGUGGUCCUCCUCAAGAGGAAGAAGCAGCGUCGCCAAAUUCCCCGCUGCGAGCAUUUCCGGGAACUCCUGGAAUUCAUUCCCGACCAGGAUGAUGAUGAUGAUCAUGAUGCUGGUGACCACCCGCUAGCUUUGGAUGCAGGGGAUACAGGUUCCACGGAAGAUGAAACAUCUUUGCACGACAGCGAUGUGGAGCUGUUGUCCAGUGACGACGACAAUGAGCCUGACAAGGAUGACAGCGCCUUCGCUGAGACACAGGUGGAUACGCAGGUGGAUGAUGCUUGUGUGAUUGUUGAAGCGGAGCACGCCCCAGUGGAUGGCGAGACGGCUGCAAGGCCUUCCAGUGCUGUGGAGGUGGCAUCUGAGGCUCCUGCCACAGACGCUGUUGAUGCCCCUCCAGUGGCCCCAGAAUCAGCAGGUUCCCAGCGACCGGGCCCCAAAGGCAAGAUGCACCGCUUCGACAGUGAAGUUGUGGAUGUGGAUGAAAUGGACCAGCAGGUAUGUGAUGCCUGUGAACGGAAGUUGUCCAAAUGUCACUGCAUGCAGCUUCGCCAGCUUAAGCAGUCGAUCUAUGCGAUGAAGAACUUGCAAGCAGCGAGAAAAAGGAGCCAACUGAUGAGGGCCGCCAAAGAGAAGUCUUCUGGGGAGGCCAAAGCUUCCAACGAGAAGUCUGCUUGUGGGGAGGCCAAAGCUUCCGACGAGAAGUCUGCUUGUGGGGAGGCCAAAGCUUCCGACGAGAAGUCUGCUGGGGAGGCCAUGGUAAAGGUUGUUGAGGCAUCGGUUCUGGAUGCAGCUGCUACCAGUUGGAAGGAUGUCGAUACGAUUCUAGAGGUUACUCGCCGUGGGCAGCUUGCUGCACGGGAGCACGUCAAGAAUGCCAAGGGUGGGCCUGGUGGUGACUCCAAGGUGGAUUGCAAGAAGGCAAAGAAAACGAAGCCACUCAAGCGUCCAGCUGCCUGCUCUGUGGCCGCCCCGAAGAGAGCAAAGUGUGAUGAGAAGGAGCUGGAGCCAGAGGCUGGUGAUGAGAAGCCAUCUUCAGAGGCGAAUGUGGAGGUCGACAUAAAGCCGAUGGAGAAGGACAAAGCCGAGGCAAAGAAGUGUGGCAAACACAAGCGGAAGCCUAAGGAGGCUGAUCUUGAUGACAUUGCCGACAAUGCCACGGUCUAUUUUGGAGCCGACGAUGUGCCACGUCCGAUUCGGUCGCCGUCACCUGAGCCAGAGCUUGAGACCACUUCAGCUGGGGCCACUGGCCGAGGCCGGGGUCGUGGAGGACGGGGUGGCAAAGGACGGGGUCGCCAAGGACGGGGUCACCAAGGACGGGGCGACAAUGGUGGUGUCGCUGAGUCCGUUGCCAGCAAAGCUGGCCGGGGUAGGGGCACGAGCUCCGCUAAGGGCAAGGGCCGUGACAAGACCGAGGCUCCAGCUGAGGAUGGAAAGAAGGUGGUGGAGUCCGAAUCCAAGCCGAAAAAAAGCCGGAAGAGUUCGGCACAGGGUGAAGCAGCCUUGGAAGAGACGACACUGAAGACAUUUGCGCGGAGGCGACAGCCAAAGCAGCCCAUGAACAAGGCUCGCUUCAUCGCGAUUCGCGAUGCCUUCGAUACCUUUGUUCGCGACCGCUUGCCUGAGUUCCCUUCAAAGUUCGAGGAUCCCUUCUGGACUUACUGCAUGGCCGAGUGGGUCGACAUCGACCAUAAUGAGGAUACUGAUUUUGCGAGACUCGCCAAGAGGUGGUUCAUGGUCCGGGGCAAUGCUUGGCGGCAGCGAUUAUUGCCGGCAGGGGAGAAUGAAAUGCCCAUGCGCAAAGACUCCACCUCUGAUGUGCGGCUGGAUGCUCUGCUGAAACGCCUGGCACGAAUGGAUGCCCCGAAGGUGGACUGGCAUGAACAGAUCCUGCUGGCCUGUGUCAUCCUCAUCUACUAUGCCAGCAAUGUGGAUGUGAAGUUUCUGGAGGCUUUCGAUGCCCUGGAGUUCUUUUCUGGGGCUGGCAAUGUUAGUCGGAUGCUCCGGUUCGCUGGCCAUGCUGUGGGCAGCUUCGACAUUAAGCUUGGAAACCCAGCCCCUGGAAAGCAGAAUGCUAUGGACCUCUUGACGGAUGCCGGGAUGGCGUUCUUUGGUUGCUUCAGCUAG